AUGACUUUGCACUCAGGCACUUUCUCCAAUCUGUCAUGCUCUUUUGUACAAAACUCUCUAGGUUCGAUGUCUUCUAGCAAAAAAAUAUCGUCGUGUACAAUUUCAAAAAAAACUCUAUCUCCGUGUACAGUUUACACCUUCGUCUGUCGGCAUCUCUUCCCGCUAAGGAAGCUAGUUUCGUGGUCACCGUUUCGAG